AUCUUUCUCUCUCCUCAUUUCCAGCCUCUUAUUACUCCACAACCUUACCUUUUCCAUUCGUAAUACUAACCUCCCUCAAAUCUCAAAUACCAUUUCAGGAUUCUCUCUCUCUCUCUCUCCAGACAUUUUCAUUGUCCUCCACAACAUCUCUUAUCUCAUUCAUUCUCUUAUCUCCAUCUAAACACAUUCUCAAUGUUGAUCACCUUUCAUCUUCUCAAACCCAUGUACAAUUGAUCGUCUUCUUCUCCUUCGAUAAAACCAUGGAGGAAUCCUCACCCCAACCUCAACCCAAACUGCUGCUACAGAAACCCCCCGCCCACCAACAAACCACCGCCAACCUCCCGCCGCCGCCGGCCAGAAUAAAGCCAGCCCCUCCGCAGGCCUUCCGCCCGAAGCCCAGGCCCAAGCGGCGGAGCGGCUGCCGCAUAUGCUGCUGCAGCACCUGCAUCGGCCUCCUCAUCCUCAUCCUGGUCCUGGUCAUCGCCGCCGGCAUCUUCUACCUCAUCUACGACCCCGCCCUCCCCCACUUCCGCCUCUCCUCCUUCCGCGUCCCCACCUUCAACAUCUCCGACGCCAUCGACGGCCCCUACCUCAACGCCAACACCAUCUCCCGCGUCGAGGUCAAGAACCGCAGCGGCAAGAUGACGUGGCGCUUCGCCCCCUCCAGGGUGGCCAUCUCCGCCGACGACGGGGACGUCAAUCUGGGCUCCACCAACCUGGCGGGGUUCUCCGUGAGGGAGAGGGCCGUGGCGGGGCUGAAGGCGGAGACGAAGGUGAGCAACCAGGCGCUGAGUGAGAGGCAGAGGAGGAGACUCAAGGGCGCUGUCGUCGGGAAAGCCUUGGCACCCUCUUUGGAGUUUCGAACCAAAACCGGUGUGACCUUGCAGGGUUGGAACUCACCCUACCUCGCCAUCACUGUCGUCUGCGGAGGUGUCACCAUGCGGGAACUCGAAAAAGGAGGCCCUCCUCGUUGCACCAUCACUUUCCUCAAAUGGAAGGGGAGUGAGGGUGGGGAUAUUGGUUACUAAUCUCACUAUUUCCUGGGAUGGACCACACGCAGGUUCAAAAUACGAUGACUUGGGGAUCGAUGUCGUGUCAAAUGUGUUCUAUACAUAUUGCGGAUUGAUGUUCAGCGCGCCAUUUAGAGGAAUCCUAGCAAACUCAAGCACUCCAGAAAAUGUUCUGUCUGCUCUUUUCAAUAAGAAAAUCACAAUGUGAUGGGGCACCCAGCAGGACUCGUGGAGGAACUCAGUGUUUUUUUUUCCCUUACAAGCAGUUAACCAUGGAGUAAGUAAAAAAACAUAGGUCAGCCUAUGGAAAAUAUUUAAUAAGUUAGGGUAGGUUUUUAAGGUGUAACAUAUCAUUCUCAUUGCUAAUCACUAGUUAUAUGGUAGAAAGAGAACUUAAGGGCCAAGGCUGUCUUAUGAAAGCGGUUAGGAAGAGAGGGAUGUUAGGUCUGCCACCUUCUCCAUCUCUAAUUAUCUUAGUGUAAAGUAACAAUUAAUGUAUUUUGGGUUUUCCUUCUCA